AUGGAUUUAGACGACUUCGAUUCCGCACUCGUUCUCGAUGACGGCCCUCUGCUCACACAGACCGCAAAGGACGCCGUUGCAUACAUCGAUCAGGAAUGGUACACGCUAGUAAACAGGAGAGGCAGGUGGAUGGACCUGAUUGGGGAUUAUGCGGGCAGUGAACCUUUUGUCGUCGAUGGCGAGGCGCUCAUCCAGUUCGUUCUGGACGACCCGCUACUGGCUCUAGGUCGCAAAGAUGAUCCAAGCUUCCAGAGCAUCCAUGCAAUUUAUACGCUUGAGCGUGUCCUUCAUAACAUUUCUCGACGAUCAGACGCAUUCGAGCUCGUCUUUUGGCAUGAUCGACGGUUCCAGUCGAUUGCUUACGACGAUAACGAAUAUGUCUCCUCCUCGAGAUCACUUGCCAGGCAGGUCCUGUUCAAUCAUCUAAAAACACUGGACAUUCCCCUGCAUAUCUUCGCCGACAUUGAAGAUCCUGCUUGGCUAACGUAUCAGCGCUUGAAAAAGCCGAUGUUCGUCAUGACCGCAGAUGGCGGUGUGAUUAGAUCGAAGUCCUCGAAUGCGGUUACGGAGCGAGUGCUGCUCCAACGUGUCUUCUUGUAUUUGCUACUGUCUCAAGGCGUUUCGGUGACACUUCUACGAGGUGCAGAAUACAAAGAUUCCAAGAUCAUGUCUUUCGUUUAUGAGCAACGCCCUGGCGCAGAUCCUAGGUCUCGCUUUAAACCGAGCUUUUGGGAGGCCGUCCAGAGUGCAUCCGCUUCGCUUUACGAACGAGAGCUUCAAUGUCGGACGAACGUCCCCUUGGCGCCAUUAGCUCUCGAUAUCACUCUGACAGCCAGUGUCGAAGAACUUUUACGUAGCGCCAUGCGCUUGGAGGAGAUGAAGCGUGAACCCUUCUCGUCACUUCUCUACGUUUUCGUGACGCACUUGCUCUACACUCCUAGUCUCGAGCUCAGGGAACGAGGGCUUCCUUCCAUCCAGUUCUCGGGGGAAUGUACGACCACUCUCGUCGACUUCCUGAAGCGGAUGCUCCUACUCCUCGAAGGAACCGCCGUCUCGGCCAACUUGGACGGCAGGAUCUUCAGCGCUCUCCUGCAGGCGACACUCUCGGCGACCGACUCGAACAUGGACCUUACUCAAGACAACGAUGACGAUGACGACCACUAUCCUCUCAGCAUGCUUCCUUUCACCCACCCCCUCUUUGACGAAGAGCUUUCCACCAUCCGCAUCGACGCGGAUGAGGCGAGAAGCGAAGACACGGAGGAUGGUCAAUUGGAGUUCAACACAUUAUACGAAGACACUCAGCAUUGGCACAAUCACAAGCGCGCGAUCCUACCGGCCCAUCUUGGCGGUAGUGAUACACUUCCAGCGAAAGAUGCGUGGCAACGCAAGAAGCAGCUGCGAAGCGAGCAGCGGUUCAUGUCGAAACUUCAAUGGCAGGCGGAAACGUUGACAGGCGCGUUUGGCACACCGCUUCAGCAGAUCGUCAUCCCCAGCGCGGCGGCCUCUCGCAAAUCGAGGACGAAUCAACCGGCACCAUCGAUUGGAAAUAUUGAGGAUCCGAAGACGGCGAAGCAAUCUAAAAGCACUACUGGUAAGAAGGGAAAGAAAGAGGUGGUCUCAUCCGCGGACAAAAUUCGCCUUGCAAACCAGGCCAAGAAGCAAGCCAAGGAGGACGACACGAACGCCGUCUGGUGGAAAGAGCAGCUCCGCUCCAUGGACAGCAAAUCAACUACAGCCAAAAUUGCCGCAUACGACGUGCUCACCCGCAACAAACGCACGAAGGAUGGCUGGCUCACAGCGGAAUCGCUGCUUUACCGCAUUCAUCUCGAAUUUGAGCGUUGGACGGAAGAUCCUGCCCGCGAAACUGCGAUCGUGCGCGACCGCUCCACUGUCUCUGUGAUGCGCAUGGUCAAAGACUUGUACGACUGCAAGGAGCUUUUCCCCACAGUGGCCGUGAAACUGGCCAGUUGUCUUACCGCACUUGGAUUCGCAGAUUACCUGGAUACCUUCGAGUCGGCGGCGAAAGUCUCGUCAGAAGAUCGUUCGCUCCAUUUCGACUUCGUCAAGCUCGUCAAAUCAAAGUCAGGCAGUGCCGUUCACAAGUGGAUGAAGAUCAUCGAGCCUCCCGUCGUGUGGCAGUUGCGACUGUUCGGAGAAUUCCUGGAUCGGAGCAUGGACAGUCAGCCGGAUCCUCGCGUACAAUUCAAACCGGACGCGUGGCAAAGAAAGGUACUGGACUGUCUCGACCGGAAUGAAUCUGUCCUCGUCGCAGCUCCUACCAGUGCUGGAAAGACAUUCAUCUCGUACUACGCCAUGGAGAAAAUUUUGCGGACUUCGGAUGAUGACAUUCUCGUAUACGUUGCACCAACGAAAGCGCUGGUCAGCCAAAUUGCGGCGGAGGUCUACGCUCGUUUCAGGAAAGAGUUAGGCAGCAAGGCGUGCUGGGCGAUACACACGAGGGAUUAUCGAGUCCACAACCCCCAGAACUGCCAAAUUCUUGUCACAGUUCCUGAGAUGCUGGCGACGAUGCUUCUUUCUCCGCCUCUAGCUCGAACUUGGACUCCAAAGAUCAAACGCAUCAUCCUGGACGAAAUUCACACAAUCGGUCAACAAGAAGGAGGUGCCGUCUGGGAGCAGAUCAUCCUGCUGGCCCCUUGCCCACUGAUUGGCCUUUCCGCCACGAUCGGAGAACCAGAGAAGUUCAAUGCAUGGCUAGCAUCAGUCCAAGAAGCCCAUAGGUUCAAGCAUACAUUCAUUCACCAUCCUCACAGGUACUCGCAUCUUCGAAAGUUUGAGUACCUCCUCCAACCGAAGCAUCAACCCGAGCCUUUCCCUGGGCUGCCUCUCUACCGCCAGACUGAAAGAAUGCGCUUCGUUCAUCCAAUCUCGAUGCUUGCCUUCGGUGCAAGACGCCUACCUCCGGACUUCUCUCUCGAGGCUGCCGAUUGUCUAUCAUUGUAUCGCGCAUUUGAAGCCCACAAGGACAGGCUUGGUUUCGACAUAGACCAGUUGGACCCCAUCAAAUUCUUCCAGGACGACCAUGGCACCUUGCUGAGGCAAAAGGACAUCCUCCGCUAUGAAGCGAUUCUCACGAAGCAGAUUUCGGAAUUGAUUGACUCGAUCGACCCUCAGGAUCAGAACUCUUCCUUGAACGCCGUCAUCAAGGAGGUCUCCGAUCCCGUUCUGGAGAAGGCGGAUCAACGAUACGUGCCGGACGCUACACAAUUCUUCCGUAACCUCAUCGCUCUCAUAUCCGACUUGCACGCAGGCGGAGACUUGCCCGCUAUCCUUUUCAACUUUGACCGCAAGGUCUGUGAGAAGAUGGCUCAGGCGUUGCUCACGGUCCUCGAGGAAGCGGAGGGGACAUGGCGCGAACAGAAUCCUGAAUGGAAGAGGAAAAUCAAGCAAUGGGAGGCCUGGGUCGCUAGAGCCAAGGAGCGGGAACGGCUGGCGGAACGUCUGAAGAAGGUCAAGAAGGAUGAUGACAAAGGGUCCGCGGCGGACUCGCCCGACGCCAGCUGGGAGGCAUCGUUCAAUCCCGACGAACCAUCUCCGCAAUUCUCAUUUGCUGGGUCUUCCCCGGCGUUCACGAAAGAAGACCUCGACGACGAGAUUCGGAGUCUGAGUCGUUGGAGCUCGGCCCCGGAGUGGGCGUUGAACGGUCUGCGACGAGGUAUCGGCGUGCACCACUCUGGUAUGAACAAGCAUUACAGGACGCUGGUCGAGAGUUUGUACCGGUCGGGUUACCUUCGCGUGGUCAUCGCAACAGGUACUCUGGCUCUGGGAAUCAAUGCCCCAACGAAAACGUCUGUAUUCUGCGGAGAUUCGCCUUUCCUUACUGCGCUGAUGUCCGUACUGAUAUCGAUGUCACCCACAGCCGGACGCCGAGGCUUCGAUCUCCUAGGAAAAGUCGUCUUCUAUGGCCUCCCCAUGGAUAGAUGUCAACGUCUUGUCCUGUCAAAGCUCCCUUCUCUCGGCGGAAACUUCCCUCUGACGUCAACCAUGGUCCUCCGACUUUUCAGCCUGCUUCACGGAUCCAACGACGCCCCUGUCGCAUGCGAUGCCAUUCGGAGCAUACUGCGUCUUCCGCAUGUCAGCUUUGUGUCGGAGGCUGGUCGAGAGCAGAUUCUCCAUCAUAUCCGUUUCACUAUCGACUACCUUCGUCGCGCAGGGUUAUUGAACGCGCAGGGAAGCCCUAUCAACCUCUUCGGUGUCGCCGCCCACCUGUACUACACUGAACCCAGCAACCUCGCUCUGGUCGCGCUCAUGCGUCAUGGAGUCCUUCAUCGCGUCUGCAACCAAAGCGGCCUCCUCACCGCGGAACGAGAAUUGAUGAUCCUACUGUCCCACCUCUUUGGUCGACGCUACCUGCCCAGGACCUACGCCUCUCCAAGCUUCUUGAAGACCAUCACUCAUAAGUCGCCCUCCAUUGUGGUACUCCCCCCUCUACCGGAGGAUGCUCGGAAGGUCCUCGCUCAACAUGACGAUCACAUCAUGCGCGUUUUCGUUGGGUACGCCACGGCCUACGUGUCCAGUCACGCAGAGGCUCUAGGAGAGGACAACAAGCUCCCGUUCAGUCGAAUGGCCCUCUGUCCGACGAGCAGCCAGGCUGCAGACACCCCUUUCCUCAUGAACAUACGCCGCAUCGCCGUCAAACCCGUCGCGCGCUCACCCUUCGUCGCCACGUCCGGGCACAGCGACCACUUCAGCUCCGUGCGCGAGCUGACAACGACCGCCCGCGACGGCCUGCAUCUGAACGAGUACGCGAUCCCGUCCAUGCAGCAGUUUACCGCGACACGCAGCGCGUCCUCGGAGGAGUUCGCGUUGAACGCGUACCUGUACGACUUCUUCAUGCACGGCCAGACCGCCGCGCUCCGUGUCGCGAACGGCAUCCGCGACGGCGAGAUGUGGUACGUCCUCCAGGACUUCUCGCUCACCCUCAAGGCGAUGCGCACCGGGCUCGUGCAGCUCCUCCAGAAGGCGGCCUCGGAGGCCUCGGAGGCGGCGUCCGCUGCGGGAGAUGAGUACUCGGAGCUCGACAGCGGGUACGGGACGAUGAGCGCAGGCGCGGACCCGGCGGAGGCGGACCCGGACUUGGACGGCAGCGCGGAAGGGGCGUUCAAGCGUCCCCCCGGGGUGUCGGACAGAGACUGGAGGGUGUUCGAGGUGUUGAACGCGCUGACGGCCGACUUCGACGAGAAGUUCCGGGCGAUGUGGGCUUAG